AUGCUAAAACACAGCACCAAUUCGAUUGGCGGCCGUCUGGCUGUUGUGACGGGCCUCUUCGCAGUGCUUCUCGUCUGCAGCACCUUGACACUGGUCUCGUGUGGACCGUUCCGGUCAGGAGCCCGACGUGCCGGCAAUACGCUCGUCAAACAAGUGGCCGAAAGUGAUGAGUACGUAGAAUUUGGUCGAAAGUUUAGUGACCAAUCAUCAUGCGGAUAUGAGUCGUGCCCGAAAGCGAAGAAAAAUAUGCUGAACGUGCACCUGGUGCCACAUACGCACGAUGAUGUGGGUUGGCUGAAGACCGUCGACCAGUACUACUAUGGCAGCAGAACGAGCAUUCAGAAGGCCGGUGUGCAGUACAUUCUCGACUCGGUCAUACAGUCUCUGCUGGACAACUCCGAGCGUAAGUUCAUCUACGUCGAAUCGGCGUUCUUCUUUAAAUGGUUCUACGAGCAAACGGAGGAACUGCAGCAGCAGGUCAAACAGCUGGUGAACGAGGGACGCCUGGAAUUCAUUGGCGGGGCGUGGAGUAUGAACGAUGAGGCGGCAGCCCAUUACCACAGCAUCUUGGACCAGUUUACCUGGGGUUUGCGUAAGCUGAACGACACGUUCGGUGCGUGUGGACGGCCCCGGAUCGGAUGGCAGAUCGAUCCGUUCGGACACUCGCGCGAACAGGCAUCCCUGUUGGCGCAGAUGGGCUACGAUGGGAUGUUUUUUGGCCGGCUCGACUACCAGGACAAGGAGGAACGCAUGAACCACAAACGGGCGGAAAUGAUUUGGCAGACCAGUGCCAACCUGGACGAUAGCGAUCUGUUCACCGGUGUGCACUACAACCUCUACCAAGCGCCGGCCGGGUUCUGCUUCGAUAUCUUGUGCUCCGACGAGCCGUUCAUCGAUGGGCGCUAUUCGGCGGAAAACAAUGUUAAAGCCAAAGUCGACAAGUUCCUGUACUACGUGGAUCAGCAGGCCCAAAGCUACCGGACGAACAACAUCCUCCUCACCAUGGGUGGGGAUUUCACCUACAUGGACGCCAACGUGUACUUCAAAAACAUGGACAAACUGAUCAAGUACACUAACGCACGGCAAGCGAAUGGUACGAACGUGAACGUGUUCUACUCCACACCGUCCUGCUAUCUGAAGGCGCUGCACGAUACGGGCAUCACGUGGCCUACGAAGAGUGACGAUUUCUUCCCCUACGCUUCCGAUCCCCACUCGUUCUGGACCGGCUACUAUACGUCGCGACCGACCACUAUUAAGAUCAUUUUGCAGAGAUCUGAACAGAAGAUAGCCCUGAUGGUGCAAGGUCAGGCGUGGAUGCAUUAA